AUGCAAGGUGGUAUACAUCGUAAUAAUAAACAUGAUCUACUACCAAGAUACAAAAAUGGCUCCGGUGAUGAUCCUAUCAUGGGUACAAAAAACAGAAGAAAAUCUCGUUGGUUAACUACACCCAUGAAAAAAAUUAUAGCUUAUGUUUUUUUUUUGAUAAUCCUCUUUUAUUUUAUUCAAUCAACUAGUAUUACAGGCAACCAAGCUAGCACAAAUGGAUUAGAUAAAACUUCAAAUGAACAAAGUAUCACUACUUCUAAUAGCGGAAAAAAUAACGAGUUGAGUACUUCUGGCAAACAUGCAAUGGAUAUACUGGACGACCCAACUGCUAGCGGUAAUACUGGUACUACGGGUACAACCUCUAAAGUUAGUAAAAGUAAAUUCAACAACGAAGUUGCCAUGCAACAAGAAAUUAAAAAUUUGGAAAAUGAUAUAUAUUCUUCAAGUGAAAAAGAAACCGCUUCGGAUGCUGAAGACAGAGUUGGUGGCAGUAAUCCUAUUGGUGCUGACGGUAAGAAAAGCGGUAUUUCCGGAAACAAAGUUAAAGCAUUGAAGCAGGAAAAGGGCGCUGCUGGUAACACAAAUAAUGAUAAAGUCGAUGACUCUACUAUUCACGCUCCUUAUAAGAAGAGCAAAGAGGAAAAGGUCAAGCAAGAAAGUGCUAAAGUUAAAGAAGAUCUAUCCAAUAAGGAAGAAUUGAAGAUUAAUAACGAACAAAAAUUAUCAGAAUAA